AUGGCCAAAGCAACCGUUGCUGAGACUCAAGCCGCAAAGGAUAGCGCCGCAAAAACAAUCGGUCUGAACGAUUCGGACGUUUCCAAAGACACGGCUGAAUCCUCUGUACCAGUAUCAGUCAUGUCUCCUCCCCAUGAAGCUGGCGUCAUCUGCGAGGUUAAGGACCUCUACCAAGGUACAGCAAAUUGUGUUUGUUGUAUGACUUGGGCAGCAUCACCGCAAAAGAAAAUCACUACUGCAGUAGCCACUGACACGAGCGGCUAUGCCGUCCUCGCCCGCAAGUCUGAAGGCCAUGGUGACUACGGCCGCGACCUGAAGCUUCACUCCAUCGUCAUUCAAAGUGCUUUGAUUAGGAAAGUCGUGGAUGUCGCAUUGAAAGGAUAUCCCGGUAUUGCAACUGGUUUGGAGAGUUUUACUGUCGAAGCACCAUUUCCAUGUUUCUAUCACCGCUGGACAGCCCUCGUUGAUGCCUACUCUACUUCUAUAGGCGAGACCGCACAGCAUCUCGGACUCCUCAUCAAUCUCCUCGAUUCUGAAUUCCACGGAACACAGAAGGCAGUCGCAGAUCUUCUCAAGAACAAUGUUAUCGAGCACCAAUACCUCUGGACUAUCUUCCAACCAGGCCACUACAUCCUCACCAAGACUCAUGGGCAGGACUCCGUCCUUCUACUCGACGCGGUGACCAAGUACGAUGAGACGAUAACUGGAGGCCAAAGAGGCUACUUGUUAACGGCCAGUUACAUUGAUUACGAUGGAUCGAUGACUGGUCUUGGGACGACACACAUCAAGAUCUCGGAGUUUAGAGGCACAACGUCCUUGUCUGAACUGCCAGCUAUUCCAUUCCUAAUGCAUCCCGACAGAGAGACUAUCGAGAAGACGCGUGUUGCCGAGGGCAAACGAUUCGCUGCUUUCAGAACCGGCAAGUUCCAGGAGUAUGCGGGCAGAGCAUUUUCGGAUAACAGAGACAGUGAUAACAUCACUGAGACCCAGGUCAAUGGCAGAGUAAUGGUCGAUCCAUUCGCUUACUUCAAAUUCAAAAACCACGAUGGACUUGCCCUCCGUCCCCUCGGUCUUCCAGCUCCGAUCAUUCCUCAACCAGUCUUCCGUCCACAUCACGGCCCUCCAGGUGGUCCCCCACCCCCACCCCCACCACAUCCUCGCCUUCAACGGAUGCCGCCACCUCCACGUCCGGUAUACGUGAAUUUCAAACAAGACCGAAACAAGAAUACGCGUCCCACAGAAUCCGACCAGCAUGAACUCACGGACAACGAGUAUCUCAUCUGUGUCCCGUUUGUUAGAGGCUACUCGUUCAAAAACAAGCAGUGGGUUUUGCUCACUAUUGAGAACUUGAGACCGGUGCAGUGGACCGAAGAUCUGUUUCAAAACCUAGUCCUGCCAGCCGAAGAGAAAGAGCUGUUGCUCGCACUUGCAAAAAGCCAUUGUGAUGCCAAAGCAAACACGUUCGAUGACUUUGUCAUUGGAAAAGGCAGGGGCAUGGUCAUCCUCCUUGACGGCCCACCAGGGGUAGGCAAAACACUCACCGCAGAAUCCGUCGCCGAAAAUAUGAAAGCCCCCCUCUACACCAUGAGCGCCGGUGAACUCGGCACACAAGCCGAGGACGUCGAAAAGUGCCUCUCGGAUAUCUUAGCAAUGGCCAGCAUGUGGAAUGCGAUCCUGUUGAUUGACGAAGCGGACAUCUUCAUGGAGCAGCGUACACCAUCCGAACUGGAAAGAAAUGAGCUGGUAGCUAUCUUCCUCCGCCACAUAGAAUACUUCCACGGAGUUAUGAUCCUCACGACCAACCGCGUGGACACCAUGGACGUCGCUUUCGACUCUCGCGUCGACAUUCGCCUGCACUACCCGCCCCUUUCCGCGUCCUCACGCCGUCAGAUCUGGGCGAAUUUUCUCGCUCGGCUGCCAGAGAAAUCGACAUUCUCGGAGGAUGAGUUGGAUCAGCUUGCGGAGCUAGAUAUCAAUGGGCGGCAGAUAAAGAGUCCUGUUAAGACGGCGCGGUUGUUGAGUAGUGGGAAGGGAGAGGCUGUGAGAAUGGAACAUGUUAGUACGGUGCUGAGGAUCACGAGAGGUGUGAAGCUGUAG